GUGCCGUCAUCCACGUCAACUCCCUCAUUUACAAUCACUCUUGGCCGUUAUUCACCAGGCUGCAACAUUUCUUACUCGAUGACACUGCUCUCUUAUUAGGGCAUAAUUCUUGACCUUUUAUAUACGUCCAUCGACGAAGCUAUCAGCAACCAAAUUUUAGCUUGCCCUCCAGUCAACGGCCGAACGCUGGUCUACCCCACCAUCGCCGUCCACCUCCGACAUCCAAAAGCCAAGGCAACCAAGCCCUUGACGUUGAGACAACUCAUCAGUAGCACUGCUCCUGAAUACAUAAUCACAGAACACUAGCUGUACAAAGUCCAAAAUGUGGAGCUGGUUUGGCGGCAGCAACGUCCAGAGCCGCAAGGAUGCACCCAAGAAUGCUAUCCUAGACCUGCGAUCGCAGCUGGAGAUGCUGCAGAAGCGCCAGCGCCAUCUACAAAACCAGAUCGAUGAGCAGGAUGCUGCGGCACGCAAGCAUGUCGGUGCCUCGAAUAUGAAUGCUGCCAAAGCCGCUCUCCGAAGAAAGAAGACACACGAGCACUCCCUCCAACAGACUGAAGACCAAAUCGGCACGUUAGACCAACAAAUCAAUGCUAUCGAGUCAGCAAACAUCAACUUCUCUACCCUUGCUGCCAUGGAGAAGGCCAGCAAGGCUAUGCAGCAGAUUCACGGCAAAUUGACACCCGAGAAGGUCGACGAAACAAUGGACAAACUGCGCGACCAGAACGCUCUCUCCGAAGAAAUCGUCAACGCUAUUACUCAGAAUCCUCUUGGCAACCAGGUCGACGAUACCGAGCUCGAGGACGAGCUUGAGCAAAUGCAGCAGGAGUUUGUUGAUGAGCAGAUGCUCAAGACAGGCGGCGUGCCGGUUGCUGAUGCCGUACACCAGAUGCCUACGCCGUCAAACGCUGAACCUGUAUCGAACCGACAAGCGAUCGAAGAGGACGACGAAGAUGCAGAGAUUAGAAGACUGCAGGCUGAAAUGGCAAUGUAAACCAGGGGAAGUACACUUUGAUAUUUGGUCCUUUCCGUGUUUAUUGGUAUGAUAUCCGUAGGAAGAAGACAUUUUACAGUUCACACCAUUAUUUGUGGUUCCUAUAUUUCACGUUGAGCAUCUUUACGUUUACUAUACUUUUCUUAAUGCAUAUAUUGUCUGAUCAUAUCUAUGUAGUAUCAUUUGCUCCGCAUUUUGUGAGCCUCUUAUCGGCUGUAAAAUACAGUAAUACAAUUCAGACAAACGCACAAUCAACAAAAAUAAACAACAUAGCUAUACCGCUAGCUAAUGCCCUGCCGACAGCCUGCACGGUUCGGCCAAAUAUAUCCCUAAAAUUGCAAAACAAUAGAGAAGGCAAAGGGAACACCCACUGCCAAGGAGGGCAACAUUUGUAAAAGCAGAAAACCCCAUAAAGGAAAACAAUAGCAAAUUGGAAAGAACUCCCAUGCAUUACCCCUUAUUCUCACUCCUCAGUUCAUUUUCGUGUGGCAUGUGUUAGAGUCGAUUCAAAGGCCAGCAAAAGUACGUCUUGCGCCUUAGUCUGAAUCAGCAUCUUCUGGCUGUGUAGCAGCCUUGCCCUUGCUUUUGCGUCUGGGCUUCUUCGUGGGAGUCGACGGUGCCUUUUCAGAUGGUCGUUGAGGGCGGCGACCACCAGGACGCUUGCCCAUCGAUGUUCGCUUAGCUGGAGUGGCAGCUAGAGCAGUUGCCUCUUCGCUUUCGUCUUCCAGAGCAGGGUCGAUCUCCAUGGCUGUGGUCUCUGGAACUUCGUCCUUCUCCUCAUCUGAGUCUGCUACCUUUUCAUCGCUAACGGGUCGAGCAGAAGGACGCACUGAAGAUCCCACGUAUGCCACCUUCUUGAUGAGCUCGUUCUCAUCAUCAUCAUCCCACGAUGUCCCGACGACAUUGGGGAAUCGGUGGUUCUCGUUGUAAUAAUUUCUCAAAUAGGACGCGCAGUCACGAGUUGUCUGCUUCCUCCCAUCCGUGAAGGGCACGCUCUCUCUGAGCCGUUCCCAGAGAAGGGCCAAAGUUGGGCGAUGCCAUUUCGAACGGAAGUCUGCGUCGACAAGACGCCCCCAAGGGAUCUUGUCGUCACUAGUUACUAGGGUCCCAUCAAGGGCGAGUAUGAAACGGAACUUCUCCUCAUCAGGCAUAUUCUCAAUCUGGCGGCGCGCACUUUCCAGCCGGAAGCUGAUGGUAGCAUCUGGCUCUGCUGAAACAACCACGUCCGAGGGGUGCGUUCGGAGAUGCAUUGACUUCCAUUUGGUGAGGCAUUGAAGUCGGCUGCGUCUCAAACCCAUGUGGGCCGAGAUCUCUUUCCAGUCGAUCAACUCCUCAUAAGUCUUGUUACGCCCGAAUGAUGGGUCCAUGCUCCGACAGGCAUCAAUUGUCUUUUGUGAGGCAAUGAUGUGUUUUGUCAACUCCGCUUCCUCUUCCUCUGUCCACGCCUGCCUGAUCUGAUUGUUACCGCAGAUCAAGUAGUUACGAUAACGGUCUCGGAGGUCUUCAGGGUGUCGAUUGACGAGGCUACCGAUCAAUGACCACUUGGUUCCAUGCGUGUUGAUGAGCUCACCCAGCUCCAUAUCUUGCUCUUCUGUCCAUGUUCCGCGAGCGACGAAAUUGUGGUAUCGCUUGCGGGUAAUAUUGAUAAUCUUUUGUCGGUGGCGUCCUGGGAUAGCUUCAAUAACUCUAGCCCACAUCGCCUUGUGUUGUUCACCGGCGGACGCACCUCCAGGUGCAUGGAUCAU